GCCUCGACCGGGCCUCGGUGGAAAAAAAGCCUGUUGAUUUUCGGCGGGGACAAGGACCCCAGACCGAAUCGGGUGUCUCUCUUUCCGCUUGCUUGCCUGAGGAGGAGCCGCAUGAGCCUACUACAUCUUCCGCUUUGCUGAGCCCCGUGGGCGGUUGCAGCUUGGAGGGAAAGGUGCCGGUAUCAGGGAGAUGCUGACUCCUCCUCUCCCCCCCCCACCCGCCUUCUUUCCCUUUCCCUUCUCGGCUCGGGCGGGAGCAGGCGGUACAGUGGAGCCGGCGCCCGGAUCGGAGGAACGGGGUCCCGGAGGAGGCAUCGCGAGGAACUAAAUCAUGGCUUUUCAGAAGGCAGUGAAAGGAACUAUCCUCGUAGGAGGAGGGGCCGUUGCAACCGUCUUUGCCCUCUCACAACUUUCUCAAUAUAGAAAAAAAGGUCAUCAUGCAACUGUGGAAGCUUCAGAAUGCAAACUUGUACCAAUACUAAACUCCCUUCCGACUAGAGAGAAUCAUUUCCAGGCUUUGAGAGAAACUUCAGAAUUUGAUGUUCUUAUCAUAGGGGGCGGUGCCACAGGAAGUGGUUGUGCCUUAGACGCUGUUACAAGAGGCCUCAGCACAGCUCUUGUAGAACGGGAUGAUUUCGGAUCAGGGACUAGCAGCAGAAGUACUAAAUUGAUCCAUGGUGGAGUGAGAUAUCUACAGAAGGCCAUCAUGAAGUUGGAUUUUGAGCAGGAAUCAGGGAUUAUGGCUGAAUUGGAGGUGGGGGCAGGACUGUGA